AUAUUUUGUUGUGUGUACGCUUGAAGGUAGCGACCGUACGUUACAUGUGUCACGUAUGUAAGUGAAUAAUAUGCACAGUAGUGCUAAGACAGAGACAUUAUAAACUUUCUACUGAAGGUAAAUUUCUAGUUUGCAUUAAAUUACAAAAAAUAACGCCCAUCGCAUAUAUAUAUAAGAAGUGAAGUUCAAAAGGUGAAGGCAAAGAGAAUAAUGCUGGAUAAAAGUUGUUUCAAAACGAUCCCAAAAUCGUGUUUGGUAUUGUUUAGUAGUUUGGUCUGUCUGUUUGUUAUUCUAUACCACAACAACUAUAGCGCAGUUCAUUGGUUACUCUCUCGACACCGCAGAGCGUCUGAUAAUCAUCUUAUUACGCUUAUAUUAUCUGAUGCCCAUCACGAUGAUUUCGUGAAGAAACACAACGAACUUAGAAGAAUCGUAUCUCCCAAUGCUUCCAACAUGAUGAUGAUGUCAUGGGACAAUGAACUGCAGGCACUUGCUGAAGAAUACACAAAAAGCUGCAAUUUCGCUCAUAGCUCUGGUCUUCACACAUCAGUAUUUUCCUCUGUGGGAGAAAACAUACGAAAGGUUGGAACGAAUGUAAAUACCGAUCUUCUUCCUAAUGAGACGACUCAAGCUUGGUACGAUGAGGUGUCUUAUUACAAUUACCAUUCACUCUCGUGCCAGGCGGGGAAAGAAUGCGGGCAUUACAAACAAGUUGUUUGGGCUGAAAGUUACAAAGUUGGAUGUGGAGUCAGUGUGUGUAGAAACGUUUUUGGGACGGACAACGGUCUUAUAGUAAGUUGUAAUUACGGAGAAAGGGGUGGGAAUGUACGGGUGCAACUGUCCGAUGGAAGUAUUAUACAAAAGCAGCCCUACAAAACCGGAGCAAUAUGCUCCGAAUGCGCAGUCGAGGACACUUGUAAAGACAGUCUAUGCACUAACCCAGCAAGGGAUCCAGUAAAAGAAUCUCCCGAAACAACAACUCACAUUUUAAUCGAAACGACAAAUACCGAUUCAUUUAAAACGACAACUGCAGUGAAUGGAGUCGAAAUAACAACUAUGGGUUCAUUCAAAGCAACGUCUCCACCCAAAACAACAGAACAAACAAGACUACCGACCGAAAAUUCAUCCGAAAGCUUCAGGUUAUCGACCACAGCAAUACCAAUGUCAACAAAAUCAGCUGAAGUGGCUUGUGACCUUACAUUGUGUGGUGGGGCGACUGUCGCAAUAUCUUGCACCAACGAAACUGGGGGUUAUACCUGCAUCUGCAAAACUUCGUUUGAAUUUCUUCAAACUGAUCAAACAAAAACCUGCGUAUAUAAUUUAUCCUCUACUAUUAAUCCGUCUCGAAUAAACAAUUUUUUAUUAGUUUUAAUUUGGGUCCUAGCAUUUUUGCUUAAUUGAAUAUCUGAAUCUAUAUACGAACACAAUUUGUAAAAAGCAUUUAUUGUUAUAAACAUGCAUAAUGUAAAAAUAUUAUAUAGUGUAUUAUAAUAUCGUGAUUUAGCACCGAUUUUAUUGACAAGCGCACUGUUUUUAUUAUUUAGGAAUUUUUGUAUUUUCUGUUAAAGUUCAGUUUUAAAUGUGUUUCUUCUCACUAUUUGAGUUCUUUUGUGUUUUCUUGUUACUGUUUAAAGUCAUGUUUUUUUGCGUUCCUUAUCAGUGUUAUUUACCCACAACUUCUUACUCUUGUUUUAACGUUUUCGCGUGUUCCUUUGUUGCCGUUAUUGCCGUUAGUCAAAUUGCUGCGUGUCACGUGCCAUGCACCGCGCGCUUUUUCUUCGAACCUUUUCAUCGUUGAGUGAAAGCUGUAUCGAGUUUUUGCCGUA